CUGUGAGUGUGAGAUGUUGUUUACUUCACGCUUUUGGCUAACAGGCUUCAGUAUCUAUAUUUCCUUUUGUGAUCUGACUCUCAACUUAGUACUUAACAAAUUCAGCCUUGUAUUUGAAUGAAGAUAGCUUCCUAAUACUUAAAUCUGCUUUAAAAUGUUUUUCAGUCUCGCAUUCCUUUGUUGCAGUGCUGCUCUAGUGACCCAGGCUGAGGAGCCGACGGUGAUAGAGGUCCAGCCUGGAGGAGCAGCCACUCUGCCUUGUGGGAUCCCUGUAAAGACAGAGCUUUCCUGGUUUUCCCUGCAGUCAGACCACAUACCAGUCAGAGUCAUGGACCUGAGGUUCAGCUCUGGAUUUGAUAUGAAUCUUGAUAACAUCAGAGAUGAAUACAGAGGGAGGCUGGUUCCUGUUUCUGACUCUAACACACACAGUCUGCAGCUGAAGAACAUCACUGAGGCAGAUCUGCUGAUCUAUUGCUGCAUCCAAAGCAGUGAUCUAAAGUUUGGAAACUGUACAAAGCUGAAAUUCACAGACCCUCCUGGAGGCCAGUCUACUGCCCACCCUCUCCAGUGCCCGACCCCUCAGCCCGAGACCCUGAACCCUGGGCCCUGUAACCCUGACCUCCUGCCUUGGAUUCUCCUGCCUUGUGUCGCCCUUCUCAUUGCUACCAUCUCAUUACUCUGCUGCUAUUUGUGUUAUAAUCAAGCGCCGCUGAGGAAGAGCUCUGACUCACAGCAGAGGGGAAGCAGGACCAGCCAACACGAUCAGGGAGAAUCUCAUGAGGUCCAGUAUGUAUCAGUGAAGUUUAAAUCAUCCAUGAAGCGAGUCCAAAAGAGAGCAGAGGAUGAACAGGAUACUGUGUAUGCUGGAAUUAAGUGAUAGGCGUGUUUGUUCCUGAAAUGCUGAGCACAGAACAGAAAACAGCCACAAGGAAAGAUUCAUAAACUGGAAGAUUUAGUACAGACGCUCCUUUAAUUACGAAUGAGUUACGUUCCGAACAGUCGUUCGUAACUUGAAAUGUUCGUAAGUCGUUAUUCAACAUCAUCUUAAGGACAAACACAAAAGUACAAAGGACAAUGAUGCUGGGAGUACGCACGCUACGCUGCUGUGUGGCGGGAGUAGCAGCCAGAAGUCGUACUUGGCAGAAUUGGUGUGCAGGGAAACAAAAUUGAUGUUGCAGACAGUGCACUUCGCUCGUAUGUCUGAAAGUUUGUAAGCUGAAGUUAAUAAUUAGAGGAGCGUCUCUAUUGAAUUUGUUAUUUUUUAAUUUAUUGGAAAUGUUUUAACUCAUUUAUUAAUUAAAUAUGGCAAACUUGAUUAACCAGACUUGGACAUAACCAGAUAUUGAAUUAAAUUCUACAAAUUGGUUGCUGCCAUCAGCUUGUGUUGGUUACUCCACUGAUUUGUUCAGGUCAUUCAAUUACCAUGGUGAGUAAAUAGGUGAUGGUUCAGUUUUUUCACAGUCAAGGUCAGUGAACAACA